AUGGAAAAGUAUACAUCAAUAUAUUUUUUAUUUUAUACCCGUUCUUCUAGACAAAUACACUAUAAUGCCGAAACGACAGAAAAGGAUGUAGAGGAGGAUGAAAAUGGAGUCGAUUUCUUAUCAGAAGCAUCGUCACCAUCUUCUAUUGAAGAUCGAUCUUUCUUUAAACGAAGAAAAAGUGAUGACGAGGAAGACGAAGAGGAUGAAGAAGGGUCGAAAAGAUUCAAGGCUGAUUUGGAUGAUGAUGAAGAAGAGGAUGACGAUGAUGACGAAGAAGAAGAAGAAGAAGAUUAUACUAGAAUCAAACAGGAAGAUGACUUUACCAAAGACAGCACACUGACAGACUCUGUUGAUCGAAAGGAGACACCCGCCAUGAUGGAGGAGCGGUUGGGUCUGGUUGAAGUGCGUAUUGUUGAAAAUGAUGGCAGUCGAGAGAGCAUGAUCUUGUUAACGGGAUUAAAGAACAUUUUCCAAAAGCAGUUACCAAAGAUGCCUAAAGAAUAUAUCGCACGUCUCGUUUAUGAUCGUAAUCAUAAAAGCAUUGCAUUGAUCCGAAAGCCGAUGAAAGUGAUUGGUGGUAUUUGCUACAGACCCUUUGAAGAGCAGGAAUUUGCAGAAAUUGUGUUUUGUGCGAUUGCGUCAACAGAACAAGUGAAGGGGUAUGGUUCAUUCCUUAUGAAUCAUUUAAAAGACUAUAUAUCGGGUCAUUCAAAGAUAAAACAUUAUUUGACCUAUGCAGAUAAUUACGCCACUGGAUAUUUUAAGAAACAAGGCUUUACGACAGAGAUCACGCUGGACAAGAGGAAAUGGGUGGGGUAUAUCAAGGAUUACGAAGGAGGAACGAUUAUGCAGUGCACAACGGUUCCAAAAGUAAAAUAUUUAAAGAUACAAGAAAUCUUGGCUAUUCAGAAACAAGCAGUUUAUGAAAAAAUGAAGGAGCAUUCAACUUCACAUAUUGUAUACCCAGGCAUUCAAAUGCCAAUGAAUGAAGAAGGAAAGAGAUGUAUUGAUCCCUAUUUAGUACCUGGAGUCAAAGAGUCAGGUUGGACACCUGAAAUGGACGCAUUAUCAAAUCGACCUCGACAUCCUCCACACUACAAUCAAAUGCGCCAUCUAGUGAACGAACUGAGAGCACACCCACACUCAUGGCCAUUCCAUGAUCCUGUGAAUGCAGAUGAAGUGACAGACUAUUAUGAUGUGAUCAAGGAACCGAUGGAUUUGACAACAUUAGAACAGAACGUAGAGAAUGAUACUUAUCAAACUAUGGAUGAAUUUAUUCGAGAUGUACAAAAGAUCUUUGAUAACUGUAGGACGUACAAUGCAGAAUCCACAAAUUAUGCACGCUGUGCGAAUCGAUUGGAGAAAUACUUUGAUGAGAGACUUCGUGUGUGGACUAGUAACGAAUGA